AUGCAUUCAGGGCAUAAUGGACGAAGGCGUGGAUUUAUGAGACCCGUUACAGCGACCAGUAAUGGAUCGAUAUUCCGCACUUUACCAUUAUUCUGUUUCUUAACGGGUCUCUUGUUUUUCUUCAUUUUCUACAUUUAUCAAGCUCAAAACGCCGAGCUAUAUGAUAUGCGUAAUCAGAUUGAACUUGAAAGGGGUCGCCAUAUUAAAGUGAAAUCGGAGAACAUUGAAUGCAGUCGAAAAUUAACGAAGCAGGAUAAUGCCCUGUCAUUCUACAUGAUGAAUUUAAAACAGCUUCAGGACGAUAAGAAUGAAGGUUCUAUUAAUGCAGCUCUCCUACCAGUGGAGUGGUUCGUUACACAUCAGGAUGCUUGA